UUGCCUCUCCUGCUCCCUCCAUCUGAGGGCCCGCUGUAGGCUCUAAGGAGGAGUGUAGAUGUGAGGAAGAAUCGGCUGUUGCAUGCUGAGUGAUGACGAUAGCCGACAUAACUAAACCCACCUACAGUUCAUUUAAAUGCCCGCGCACGGCUCUCCCCUCCAGCUCGUCACAGUGUCUCCCGUUGCUCUGUAUUUAUAAGGCGCCCCGGUGCGCGGAAAGGCACAAGCAUGCCUCGUCUCUAGAGGGGCAGAGCGCGUCGCUGCGACUUGGAGACGUUUUUUUGGAUGAAAGAGCCGCUGCUCAGGAGCCGCUGCUGAGGAGGAGACGCGGGAGCGCAGGAGUUUUAUCCCAAGUUCGCUGCAGCAGGUCGUUGUGACAGCGACCUUGUUCUCAGGGGAAAAUCCCUGGGAACACACAUACACUCAUACGCAAGCACACACACACACACACGAUAACACACAGGCAACAUGCAGGAGUCAGAGCCUACAGUGUGCCAGCUGCAGCCCAACAUCAUCUCAGUGCGUCUUUUCAAGAGGAAGGUUGGCGGUCUGGGUUUCCUGGUGAAGCAGAGGGUGUCCAAGCCACCUGUCAUCGUGUCAGACCUCAUUCGUGGGGGGGCAGCUGAGGAGUGUGGUCUGGUGCAGGUGGGCGAUAUCGUCCUGGCUGUCAACAACAAGCCCCUGGUGGACCUGUCCUAUGAACGUGCCCUGGAGACGCUGAAGAAUGUGUCGCCCGAGAGCCACGCCGUGCUCAUCCUCCGUGGGCCUGAGGGCUUCACCACCCACCUGGAGACCACCCUGUCUGGAGAUGGCCGCCAGCGCACAGUGAGGGUUACACGCCCCGCCUUCCCACCUUCAAAGUCCUAUGAGCACUGCUCCCCUCUCAGUCCAUUCAGCCCAGGGCAGCAGCAGCAGGUCAACAAAGAGCCCCAGCUUAGGGCAAUAGAGAACCUGUCCUCUCCGUCCAUCACCCAGUCCCUCCUGCAGAGGGGAGGCGUACAGGCCCAGGACCCCCUGCUGAUGAGGGACGGGGGCCGUGGAGCUCUCUUGUGCAACGGGCUGGAGGAGAACAACGAGCUGCUGAAGGAGAUCGAACCAGUGCUGCGCCUCAUCAGAAACAGCAAAAAGGAGAUCAAUGGAGAAGGCCAGCAGUAUGCCGGGAGGAGGGACGCUGAGAUUCAAGUGGCCUGGGACCUCGGCGUGGGAAAUGGCACGUCUCCCCAGCUGGUGUCAGAUAACGACAGAAUGCUGGAAAACAUGCCGGUGGUGCUCAACAAAAGUGACACUGACAAGCCCCCGGAACAGGGCAAGACCUCACCUACCAAGACGCUGCAGAACGGCAGUCCCUCCAAAUGCCCCCGUUUCAUAAAGAUCAAGAACUGGGAGACUGGCACCGUCUACAGCGACACACUCCACCACUGCUCCAGCAAGAUGCCAAUCUGCACUGAAAAUGUUUGCAUUGGCUCUGUGAUGAUGCCCAACCAGCACGUUCGGAAACCAGAUGAGGUCAGAUCCAAAGAGGAGCUUCUUCCACUGGCCACAGACUUCAUAGACCAGUACUACACCUCUAUCAAAAGGUAUGGCUCUAAGGCCCACGUGGACAGGCUGGAGGAGGUCACCAAGGAAAUUGAAGCUUCGGGAACAUACCAGCUGAAGGACACUGAGCUGAUUUACGGAGCCAAGCAUGCCUGGAGGAAUGCUGCGCGGUGUGUCGGGAGGAUCCAGUGGUCCAAACUACAGGUUUUUGAUGCUAGAGACUGCACAACAGCUCAUGGAAUGUACAACUACAUCUGUAACCACAUCAAGUACGCCACCAACAAAGGCAACCUGAGGUCGGCCAUCACCAUAUUUCCUCAGAGAACAGAUGGCAAACAUGACUUUCGAGUGUGGAACAGUCAGCUGAUUCGUUACGCUGGUUACAAACAGCCUGAUGGGCAGAUCAUGGGAGACCCUGCAAAUGUUGAAUUUACUGAGAUCUGCAUGCAACUGGGAUGGAAAGCUCCAAAGGGUCGUUUCGACGUCCUCCCCCUCCUGCUGCAAGCCAACGGGAAUGAUCCUGAGCUGUUUGAGAUCCCCGAAGACCUCAUCCUAGAGGUGCCGAUCGUGCACCCAAAGUACGAGUGGUUCAGAGAACUGGACCUGAAGUGGUACGGCCUCCCGGCGGUCUCCAACAUGCUGCUGGAGAUCGGCGGCCUGGAGUUCACUUGCUGCCCCUUCAGCGGGUGGUACAUGGGCACGGAGAUCGGCGUGAGGGAUUUCUGUGACAGCUCACGCUACAACAUUCUGGAGGAGGUUGCUAACAAGAUGGCCUUAGACACCAGGAAGACUUCCUCCCUUUGGAAAGACCAGGCGCUGGUGGAGAUCAACAUUGCUGUUCUCUACAGCUUCCAGUCAUGCAAAGUGACCAUAGUAGACCAUCACUCAGCUACUGAGUCUUUCAUGAAGCACAUGGAGAAUGAGUACCGGGUGCGAGGUGGCUGUCCUGGAGACUGGGUGUGGAUUGUGCCUCCCAUGUCAGGAAGUAUCACACCAGUUUUCCACCAAGAAAUGCUCAACUACCGCCUCACCCCGUCCUUUGAGUACCAGCCUGAUCCUUGGAAUACCCAUGUUUGGAAAGGAGUCAAUGGGACGCCCACAAAGAAGAGAGCCAUUGGAUUCAAGAAGCUUGCCAAGGCUGUGAAGUUUUCAGCCAAGCUCAUGGGCCAGGCCAUGGCCAAGAGGGUGAAAGCCACCAUACUCUUUGCCACCGAGACGGGAAAAUCGCAAGAUUAUGCCAAAACUCUCUGUGAAAUCUUCAAGCACGCGUUUGACGCAAAGGUCAUGUCAAUGGAUGAAUAUGAUGUGGUGGAUCUGGAGCAUGAGACGCUGGUGUUAGUGGUGACCAGCACAUUCGGCAACGGUGAUCCACCUGAAAAUGGAGAGAAAUUUGGAGCUGCCUUAAUGGAGAUGCGCCACCCAACAUCCAACACAGAGGACAGAAAGAGCUACAAGGUCCGUUUCAACAGCGUGUCCUCCUACUCUGACACUCGCAAGUCCUCCAGCGAUGAGCCAGAAACCAGAAUCAACUUUGAGAGCACCGGACCUCUCGCUAAUGUCAGGUUCUCAGUGUUUGGCCUUGGCUCCAGGGCCUACCCACACUUCUGCGCCUUUGCCCACGCUGUGGACACGCUGUUUGAAGAGCUGGGGGGGGAACGCAUCCUACGCAUGGGAGAGGGAGAUGAGCUGUGUGGCCAGGAGGAGUCAUUCAGAACCUGGGCCAAGAAGGUUUUUAAGGCUGCCUGUGACGUGUUCUGUGUUGGCGAUGAUGUGAACAUCGAGAAGGCCAAUGACUCUUUGAUCAGCAACGACCGCAGCUGGAAGAAGAGCAAGUUCCGCCUGACCUACACAGCCGAGGCCCCGGCCCUCACUGAAGCAUUAUACACUGUUCACAAGAAGAAGGUCUCUGGAGCAAAGAUGCUGGAAUCUCAAAACUUACAAAGUCCAAAAUCCAAUCGCUCUACCAUAUUUGUGCGGCUCCACACAAACAACCACGACAGCCUGAGCUACCAUCCCGGCGACCAUCUGGGCAUCUUCCCUGGCAACCACGAGGACCUGGUUACAGCUCUCAUAGAUAAACUGGAGGAUGCUCCGCCUGUCAAUCAGAUUGUCAAAGUGGAGUUCCUGGAGGAGAGGAACACUGCCCUAGGUGUAAUCAGCAACUGGACAAAUGAGACUCGUAUCCCUCCCUGCACCAUCUACCAGGCCUUCCAGUACUUCUUGGACAUCACCACCCCACCAAGCCCUGUGCUGCUGCAGCAGUUCGCUGCUCUGGCAACCAAUGACAAACAGAAAAAGAAACUAGAGAUCCUCAGUAAGGGUUUGCAGGAGUAUGAGGAGUGGAAGUGGUACAACAAUCCAACACUGGUGGAGGUGCUGGAGGAGUUCCCCUCCAUCCAGAUGCCCUCCACUCUGCUGCUCACCCAGCUGCCCCUCCUGCAGCCUCGCUACUACUCGAUCAGCUCCUCUCCAGAGCUGCACCCAGGAGAGAUCCACCUCACCGUCGCUGUGGUCUCUUACCGUGCCAGAGAUGGAGAGGGACCUAUCCACCAUGGAGUGUGUUCAUCGUGGCUCAACAGGAUAGAGAAGGGGGAGAUGGUGCCGUGUUUUGUCCGCGGUGCACCAUCCUUCCAACUUCCCAAAGACAACCACGCACCUUGUAUCCUGGUGGGUCCAGGAACAGGUAUUGCCCCAUUCAGAAGCUUCUGGCAACAGAGACUAUUUGACCUUGAACACAAAGGGAUUGAAUCCUGCCCCAUGAUCCUGGUGUUUGGUUGUCGGCAGUCCGAGAUGGACCACAUCUACAAGGAGGAGACCAUCCAGGCCAAGAACAAAGAAGUGUUCAAGGAGCUUUACACGGCCUAUUCCAGAGAACCCGGCAAACCAAAGAAAUACGUACAGGAUGUACUGCGCGAGCAGCUGUCAGAGACGGUGUACCAGUGCCUGAAGGAGGAGGGAGGACACAUCUACGUGUGCGGGGAUGUUACGAUGGCCGGAGAUGUUCUUAAGACUGUCCAGCAAAUCAUCAAGCAGCAGGGCAGCAUGAGCCUGGAGGAUGCUGGUUUCUUCAUCAGCAAGCUUCGUGAUGAGAAUCGCUACCAUGAGGACAUCUUUGGUGUCACUCUGCGCACCUAUGAGGUCACCAACCGGCUUCGUUCAGAGUCCAUCGCCUACAUUGAGGAGAGCAAAAAGGACUCAGAUGAGGUUUUCUGCUCGUAGGUUUAUGAAUCGGGGGGUUUCCGACAACAACCAGUCUGGAGGACACAGCACUGCUGGUUAAAGAAUACUGUGCCAAUUUUUGUACUGUAAAAAAUGGGUUUUUUUCUUUUCUUUUUUUUUUUUUUUUAUACCACUUUAAUGUUUUUGUUGGGCUCUGCGGUUUUGUCUGUAGCAAGUUGGAAAUGUUCUGUUCUCUGAGAAUCUGUUUUGCUUGUUGAUGAUACUUCCAAAAAUUAUAAAUUGAUCAUUUUGAUUCAUAAUGUGUGCACCUAGUGUAAUGACCUGCCUCAUUGUGAAUGCAUGACCAAGACAAGAAUAUACUCAACAAAUAUAAUAUACUCUGUGUUAUUGUUAAAGUAAAAAGGCUUUUGUUGAGGUUUUAUAUUUGCAAGGAAAUGUGCGGCAUUGAUAACAAACAGACAUUUCUGAUUUCAAGAAGGAAUGAGGGCUGAUCUAAUUUAUUUGGGCUGUUGUUUUUAUUUAUUUAUUUUUUUCACAUUAAAGGCUAAAGUCUCAGACAAAGUUAGAAACUUGAAAGUUGUACAGGCAUGCAGAUGGAUUGUCAUAUGGACAGGUCACCCUGAAUUAUGAAAACAGCGAUUCUGCCACAGCCUCAACAAACAUAUUAUCUAACUCUUCACUGGCAAUCCAUCAAAAUGCAUCAGCCUCUGUGCCAGCUCUCCUCUUAUUGGCCUGUCCAUUCUCUCAACAUCAUAAUCUCAUGUGUCCCAGCUGGCAUUUGCCCACCCACAGCAGCUUCAUAGGAAUGUGGAGGGUAGACACUAAAGAGGAGACGUGAACCUGUGUUACUGCAUGUUAAAAUAAACUCCAGUUAUUCGGAAAUACAGACUUCUUCAGGGCUCUCAGGUUCUUUUGAAUUAUAGAUGAUUAUUCAAUAUAUGAUACUGACAUUUUCAGAAACUAUGCUUGUUCUCUUUUCUCACUGAGAGUUAGAUGAGAGAAUCGAGGCCACUCUUGUGUCUUUACAUUAAACAUGAAGCUACAGGCAGCAGUCGGUCAGCAGGCGUUCACACCGAAAAAAGCCCUGCAGGGAUGCGUUGGUGGGGGCGUGUUGUUUCAGGUACCAGUGAGACAAUCCAGGAAGUCCAGUUUGAGUAACUGAUCGGUGAAUCUGAAGGUUUAUCAAACACCAAAACACUGCACAGCUUUUACAAUAUUAAGAGACAGAAUUACAGGAACUGCAUGAAAAGUUGAACCAGCUUCAAUAUCUCCUUACCACUGCCCUAAAUAUUCACACGUUAUAUCUUGUUUGUUUAAGUCGUGCAAAGACCAGUGCAAAAACAACACAUUGUGGUUUAACAGGAGUUUAUGUGCCAGACUUUUUCUCGUCUGGAGGCAGGAAGUCAGUCUUUCCAGUCUUUAUAGAUGUAAUUUUCACACAUUGGUUUUUGUGCAGAUCAAACAAACAAGAUGUAAUGUGUGAAUUAAUGAGCUUUAGAUUUGCUGGUAGGAAGCUUUUAUUAGCCUUGGAUUGAGCUAGCUGUUUCCCCUGUUUGCAGUUCUCGUGCUGAGCUAAGCUAACUGGCUUUCAUUAACCAUAUAAACACAAUAUUGGAAUUGAUCUUCUCACCUUACUAUCAGCAAAAUAGCAAAUUAUCUUUUUUAUUUUUUUUUUCCCGAAGAUGUCAAACUAGUCCUUUAAGUCUCUCUGAUGGAGAGAGAAAAAUUAAGGGAAGCAAAAAAGAUCUAUGCUCGCACUCUGUGCUGCACAGAUCACAUCUGACAGCUGUCAACUUCGUCACCUACUGAGCUUUUAAAAUUUGCAUGUGUCAGCAUCAUAACUCCUCUGCCUCUUGCCUUACAUUAACUCUGCUCCUGCCUACACACACCACGCUCAGUCUCUCUUUUGUCUCUCUGCAUGGUUUUCUUUUUUUUUUUUUUUUUGCAGCCCUGCGGCUCACAUGCCACUCUUUCACUGUGACCUGACACCUGAUCAGUAGCAUCAGCAUGCAUGUGUGUGUGUGUGUGUGUGUGUUUGUGUGCCAUAUCAAUCAUCAUAAGUGUGUGCAUCUUGGUAUGAGUGGGUGUAAACAUGCAUGUGCUCAGGUGUAUGUUCCUGCUUGUUGUCUGUUACCUUGUCAAAGUGGUCAGAUUUUAAAAUGAGCAUGAAUUAGCUUCUCUGCAAUUCACACAAGCCUGCAAAAUCUAAGCUGACAGAUGGUGUUUUUCUAACAGGAAACACAUGGCCACAUGGCUUUGAGUUUUGAUCUCAGCAGUUCAGUCCUAUUGUUACAAGUUCCAGUGAAGUUUUUUCAUCCGGAGACGAGGGAGCUGCUGCUGUGGUCAUUUGCCGCUUUCCAAUGAGUCAGGGUUGUAAUUUGAAUAUAUUUGUGCAGGGGCUCCAUUGUUUAUUGAUCACCCUCUCUCUGCAGUAACCUGUGGCUUUUCUUGUCAGCUUCUUGAGUCUUGUUUGUUCCCUUUCUUUGUCUUUGAUUCAAAUUAAAGAUAGCUGUCAAGCAUGAUUAGCAGGUUUCAAUGUGACAUCCCAAACAUCUGCUGAGAAUAUAUUUGUUUUUCUGGUUGUUGUUUCUUUUCUGAGUCAACUGUUUUUACUGCUGGGAGAAAACGGGCACGUCCCCAUUGUCCCCACUGUUGCUCAUUCUGGAUGAAUGUCUCCUCUGUAUAAUUUGUUCAAACAGGUUGAGUUUAAUUGGAAUGAGAGCUGUCAAGAAAAUGUCUGUGAUGUAAAAUGUGCAACAGGAAAACAAUUAAUACGAGAUAUAGCUUCUAUAUAUAGCUUCUAUAUAUAUAUAUAUUCAAAGACAAAGUAUAAAAUAUAAAGAGUACCACUUUGAUCUUUUCUAAGAAUGUAUUUUGAUUAUGUAAAUGAGCACUAUGAUUCUGCUUGAUUUAAAAAUAACAAAAAAAAGGCCUAUUCUAUAUGGUGUCUCUCAUAUCCUUUAGGUAUGGGGAUAAAACAUCAGCAUUAAAUAAAUGCAUGGUGAUCUUCUGUCUCCUGUUCAUAUUUAAAAAAAAAAAAAAAAAAAAGCUCUGUCUAUUUACCAGCACUGUGUCAGUCAGUGAGACUGUAUCGUGAGGUCCAGCCUUUCUCACACGGGCUUUGGAUGCUUCAAAACUUUCUUGAGGGGUUUCUUUUUUUCUGUGUUUGCAUAUUGCUGCUGCUAUUAACAACUCUGAUCCAAUCAGCCUCUGCUAUAAUGACCUUUGUUGUGUAAUUGAUCGAGGAUAUUCCAUUUUAAUGCAUCAACUGCAAGGACUUUGCAUUUACUUACAAAUAAAGAGAAACAUUUACAGAAUAUGUCAA